CAACGACUGCUGAUUUAAUAGAGAGAGAUCAUCUCGGUAAAAACAAAAGGGUUUGAUCAUCGAGACCACUACCACUGACGUCAAGCAACGGCGACUGACGUCAUCAUGCGGGGACACAAACACGCGUUUGUCCAAUGUAGGUGCGGUUGUUUUGCUUGGUGGGGAUUUGGGUGACAAUGUCAGUUUUUCACGACGAAGUAGAGAUCGAAGACUUCGAGUACGACGAAGACACCGAGACUUAUUACUUCCCUUGUCCGUGCGGUGACAGGUUCGCUGUCACUAAGCAAGACCUGGAGGAUGGAGAGGACGUGGCUACCUGCCCCAGCUGCUCGUUAAUAAUCAAAGUCAUCUAUGACAAGGAUAUGUUUUCCUGUGGUGACAUUAUCGAAGCUCCAUCAGCGAACAAACUGCAGCUGACGCAGUCCUGACACCGCCCUGACUGUUCUGCUGCUCCUUUGGUCAUGAUAUCUUCGUUUUGCAAAUGUACAUUAAGUAUUUUUAUUUAAUAAAUGGAUGUGUGGAAAAAUUCCUCAGUGACCUCAAUGUUUGCUGCCGAAUGUGCAUCAGCUUGACAUAGUGGUUCUCUGUUGGUCAAUGGCUAAAUUCUUUCCCUGGUGUCGGAGUUCAAGUUUUUUUUUUUGUUCACUAUUGAAGUGUGGAUGUAGUGUGAGAUUGGCAGAUGAAUUCCACUACCCUGAAACUCAGGAUUGUCAUAAGUAUGCUCCAUGCUGCCAAAAAACAAAGCUCUUUAUGUUCUGGUUGAUCUACAUUUCUACACUUAACUGUUGCCAUCGGUCGAAGCAGAGGGCAAAAGAACAAGAUCCCUAAUACAAGCAGCUGAAAUGGGUUUUCUCGGCAGUGUGUCUCAGAGAUAAGCUGAGGCAAGGAGCAUCAGGUGAAGCUGUUGUCACUCUUCCCAUUCUGCUUUGGCCAGUUCAGAUGUAAGUCGUGUUAAACUGCUCACUUGGCUGCCAGGCGAUCAUUCUAGCCCCUUAAGCUACUUGGCAGAUUUUUGUUCCAAUCUGCUGACACACACAAAUUCCUGAUCAGUCUGUCACAGAUCAAUGAUGCUCCAGAGGUUAGAGGUCAGUGCUGACAUUAACAGGUUAAAGGUAAAUGUUGAUAAACAGUAGUUUAUAAGGCCCAGAAGGCUGAACAGCCUCUUCUGAGAACACUGGUGCUACCAGGUCAGCUUUGUGCUAAAAGUUGCUUUUUGUAAAGGUUACUUAAAUAUUGAAUUCAUUAUUUGCACAACAUGUGUUGUCAACUAUGGAUCAUUUUGGGGUCACUAAUUCUUCUGUUUCUCGUGAAUCCUUCUGGUAAGAGAGCGUUUUCUGUCCGUUGAAAUCAAAGCUUCU